AUGCCUUCCCACAGUCGCCAGAACAAGCGUCAAAAAGGUGAAAGUGACACUCCUGUACGCCCGCCUAUGCAGGAUAUUGUGUACUGGAUGUGGGAAAGUGUCAAACAAACGUCUCUUAUUGUUUCUGAGAUCCAGAAUGAACGUUUGUCCAAACUCGAGUCCGAUGUUAACAAAUUCGACUUGCCCCACCAGGAAAUGGUUGACAAUUUUGAUCACUUCCGUCAACAACUGGCCAGCAUCCAACAGGAGGUUAUGGGCCCUAAAUCUCAACCGGGACAAAAUCCAGGAUUCAACGGUACACUUCGUUCUUGCCUCGGAGACCUUGGCACACAGAUGGGUGGCGUCACUGAUCGAAUGGGCAAUGUCGAGGAGACCUUGUUGAAACUCGAAGACCAAUUAUUUGGCCACUUUGAUGAAAACGUUAAUACCGAAGCUGGUUACGUGAUGGUCAAAAUUCACAACGAAUUGGAUUUCCGUCAAAAGCUGAAGCCGUAUACCUUGAUCGAGCUCACGCAGAUGGUCCAAGCCCAAUGCGGACCCUGGGCCAAAGUCGAUACAGUCAAGCUGCAAGAAGCUCGAGGAAAAGGAAAGUUCAAUUACAUGAUCAUAUCUUUCUCCGACUGGGACACUGGAGAGCACAUUCGGAACCAUUCUGCGAACCUUGAAAGCCUGUUUGAACUUGAGCAUGGCUGCUCCAGCCUUCCUUUCCUCCACCAUCUACAUAUAGUCGACCUCGCCGUUCAUCAAAAGAUGGGAUACGACUAUGACAUAAAGAGGUUUCUCAAAGAAGAGCUCUGUGAACCUGGUGUCAAGGCAAAGGUUGCGUAUCAGCGACUCAUCUUACAAACCGAGAGUUUGAAGACAGCGAGGCGACUUGCACUGACAGGUGUCACGGUGUUCAACCAUCAUUAUCAGGUUAAGCCCUACUGUGCUCAGGGGACUCCGCUGUUUUGCAACAACUGUUGCAACCCCGGCCACUUUGCCAACGAUUGCAAUGCCGAGAAACCGCGGUGCGGCCUUUGUGCAGGAGCACAUGAGUCAUUCACUUGCAAGGCCCAAAAGGACUUCAAGUGCUGUAACUGUGGCAGAGGCCACAAGGCGUGGGAUCCAUCUUGCACAGAUAAACCCUCAAAAGCAGAGCAUCAGAAGUCCCUGUUUUACCGCAACAAGACUCCUCACUGGGCCUUAAACCUUGAAUCGACAAGGUCCUCCAACAGGGCUGACAGAGGGAAUGGGAAGACGAAAGCUUCGACCCAGGGCUCUUCGAGUGUCCCUUCGUCACAGGAAUCCACGAAGAGGCCAGUCGGCAGACCACGAAGGCAGUCAGAGCCCAGUCCGGCGGGCCAAUCCAUGAUCACCUCAUUCAUGGAACGGAAGAAUGGCCAGGAAUCACAGGACAAGGAAACUGAACCAGAUGCGAUGGAGUUAACAACGCCACAUAACGACUUGGAGAUGAAUGGCAUGGAAGGCCUUUCUUCUCAACCCGGUUCUACAAGUGAUGAUGACUCUUCCAACAUUAACAGGCCCAGCUCUUCCCACGACGAUAUCUACGAUUACGGCACGCUCUUCGGCUCGGAAAUGUCGACCACUGGUGGUGAUGAGGAGACUGAGCAAUCAAGACCUGGGUCAAGAUUGAGUGAGUCUAGCAGCAAACAUAGCUUUAGCGACCGCAGCACGGAGGAGGCAGAUGACAACGAGAAGAAUGAUAAGAAGGGUAAGAAUGGCCAGAACAAGAACAAUCGCGACAAUGCUAAGGGGAGGGGGAACGCUACCACCGAUCCCAAGGCUUCUUCUCAGCUACGAAAGAAGGACACCACUCCUCCUAGCUCUCAGAAAUUGCCCAACACCGCCGUCAGGACCCCUACCGGUAAAGGGAAAGCAGCGGCGGUGGAGAAUGACGAGAGUCGUACAAGAUGGGUAUCUGACGAUCUGCCUCGAAGUCAGAGCAGAAACAAGGAUAUCAGAGGGAAAAGAGACAAGGGUGAUAGCAACGGCAGUAGAGAUAGAGGCAGGGGCAGCACCAAGAGCAACACCAACAUCAAUGCCAACAGGAGCACCAACAGAACCAGCAGCAAAGCCAGCAGCCGGAGGACCAGCGCCAACAACGACAGCGACAACGACAACGACGGCAAGACCACCGAUAACGGCCAUGCCAAGAGCGAAGGGAGGGAAAAGGCCACCAACGACAAGACUCAGAAGUCUCAGCAAGCCGGAACCCCUCGCCAUGGCAAUGGCACCAAGAGUACUCCCAAGGUCAAGGCCUCUACCCGCACUUCUUCUGUUGACAACGCUCCUUCCGCUGCUCUCAGGACCAACUCUGCAUCCCGAGCUCCUGUCAGUACCCCUUCCAACGCUCUUCUCACGACUACACCUACCUCCAGUACUCAACACUUGAACAAGCGCGCUGGUCACUCUCGAUCCAGUUCUGGUCGUGAGAAGGCUGGACCAUCUCCCAAGCCACAAGGGCACAAGAAGAGGAAGCUUUCUCAGAGCUCGGCAAAGGGUUAG